AUGAGCGACGACCUAGACACACGGCCAGCUAAAAGACAGCGCUUUUUCGUCGAAGACUCUGUUUCUCCUGCCGGGUCCGAUUCUCAAACCGUCGACGCGUCGUUGCCUCGGCACUGUCCCGGGCUUGAUGCAUGCGAUAAGGACAAUGGCGACGGCGAUGUUCCUGAGAAGCAGACACACGAGCGUGUCCCAGAGAGCCCAUGUCUAAGGUCAGAGGUGCAGACUGCAUUACCAGAAACAUCAGAUGCACCCAACCACGGCCUUCCGAAUGGCACGAAUCACCGCGACGCAGAUCAACCUAUUCCUGAGAGUACGACACAACCGCCAGCCACCGAUGGAUUUGACGUGGGCCUCUUUGAAAGUAUUGUAGGAGAACAGCUACCUUCCGACACAAUCAAGAUAAUACGGUCUGCAGCCUCUGAUAAUGUCGAGAGAGCCGUCAAUAUCUACUUUGAUGGAUCAUGGAAGAAUCCUGCCAGGAUAAACGGCCGUUCAAUUUCAACUGGUCGUCAGCAAACUCUCCCCCUCGCCACACGCCCAGAUCCUAGGAGCGAGGAGUCUGGCAGCACCCCCGUGGAGAGCGAAUCUCUCUUGCGAAAACAACCUUCGGCGAGAUAUAUAGGCGCAUUUGGCGUGGGAGGCUGGGCAACCCGGAGUGGAUUGGCCUUUCUCAAGCAUGGGGACCCGGUCAACAUCGAACGGGCCCGAUCACAGCCAACGGCGAAGCGCGGUCGUGGAGGCAAGCUGUUCACCAACCAAAAACCAGACGUUUUGACGCGGUUCACCAACAAUGCUGGUCAGGAAAUCGGGAGACUGCCUCAUGAGAUUGCGGAGUGGGUUUCGACAUUGAUUGACCAGAAGAUCUGUCGCUUCGAUGGUGUCUGCGUGUUUGUCCCCGACAGGGUCCGUGUCAACGAUACCAUCUAUUUGCAGCUGCGGUGCUAUCUGCUCAAGGACGCAUUUGAGCGCGGGUCAUUCAUUGGGUCAACCAUGGACGACAAUAGAUCAACUGGUCUCUUUGAAGAGAAGGAAAGCACCGAGGAGAAAAACCUGCGACUCCGCCAGGUGGCUCUCGUGAAACUAUUCCAUGAAAUUGGCCUCCAUCCUACAUCUAUCAAUCCGACCACCGAGAAACAUAAAAGAGAUGGAUUACUUCGCGCAGUUGAAAUGGCGGAACAGUAUGACGGCCCAAAGAAGGACAGGGACAAAGCCAAAACAAACAAGGAAUCCAACGACUCCGACGAGGAAGACGACACAGCAGAGCUGGAGGAAGACCAGCUUGAUACCUUGUACCGCAAAGCGCAGUCGUUUGAUUUCAACAUGCCCGAGGCCACACCCCCACCGAGCUUUCAUCUGAAUCUCCGCAAAUACCAACGGCAAGCUCUUCAUUGGAUGUUAUCAAAAGAGAAAGACGCGAAGCAAAUCCGAGAGAAAUCGAUGCAUCCCCUGUGGGAGGAGUAUACUUGGCCAGGCAAGGAUGUUGACGACAAGGAUCUUCCUAGAGUAGAAGGUGUCGACCACUUUUACGUCAAUCCAUAUUCGGGCGAUCUCAGCGUGGAUUUCCCGUCUCAAGAACAACGGUGCUUGGGCGGGGUUUUGGCCGACGAAAUGGGACUGGGUAAGACGAUUGAGAUGCUCAGUCUGGUUCACUCUCAUAGAUCAGAGCCUGUGCCCAGAGUUUCGAGCGGUAUGAACUCUGUCAAUGAUCUCGCCCGAGUACCAGCCUCUGGGGUGGUCUCCGCUCCCUAUACUACUCUGGUUGUUGCCCCGACAUCGCUGCUCUCACAGUGGGAAAGUGAGGCGCUGAAAGCUUCUGAAGCGGGGACGAUGCGAGUCUUGAUGUAUUAUGGAGCCGAAAAAGCCAUGAACCUGAGAGAGAUAUGCUGCGAGUCUAAGUUUGCAUCGGCGCCUCAUCUGAUCGUCACCAGCUAUGGGGUUGUGCUUUCCGAAUUCCGCCAAUUUGCGAUUCAAUCCACGAUGGCCCCUGGCUUGCAUACUGGGUUGUUCUCGGUAGAUUUCUUCCGGGUCAUCCUCGACGAAGCCCACUUGAUUAAGAACCGUCGCUCAAAGUCGGCCAAGUCCUGCUACGAACUCAAGGCAACUCACCGAUGGGUUCUCACGGGCACGCCCAUCGUAAAUCGACUGGAAGACUUGUUUAGUCUGGUACGUUUCCUGAAGGUGGAACCCUGGAGUAACUUUUCCUUCUGGAAGACAUUCAUCACUGUGCCGUUUGAGUCAAAGGAUUACGUGCGUGCCUUGAAUGUCGUGCAGAGCGUGCUGGAGCCUUUGGUUCUUCGUCGGACCAAGACGAUGAAAACUCCAGAAGGCGAGCCCUUGGUUCCCUUGCCACGGCGAACAGUCACGAUUGAGGAGGUUGAGCUUUCAGAACAAGAACGAGAAAUCUAUGACUGUAUUUUCAUGCGAGCUCAAAGGACAUAUAACGAUAAUGUCGAGGCCGGCACGCUGCUCAAAUCGUACUCGACAAUCUUCGCCCAGAUCCUCCGUCUCCGUCAGACCUGCUGCCAUCCCAUUCUCACGCGCAAUAAGGCGAUUGUCGCCGAUGAAGAAAAGGCUGCCAUUGCGGCGGACGAGGCCAACGAGCUCAAAGAUGACAUGGAUCUCCAAGAAUUGAUCAACCAGUUCACAACAUCUACGGAGAAUGCCGAGGCGGAGGAACGGUCUGGGGCGACGGUGAAAUUCACCGCACAUGCCCUCCGGCAGAUCCAGACCGAAUCCAGCGGCGAGUGCCCUAUCUGCUGCGAGGAGCCCAUGAUCGAGCCCGCCGUCACAGCCUGCUGGCAUAGCGCGUGCAAGAAAUGCCUCGAGGACUUUCUGCGGCACCAGAUGAACAAGGGCGUGCAAGCACGAUGCUUUUCAUGCCGUGCCAAUGUUGAUGCCAAGGACAUUUUCGAAGUAGUCCGCCAUCCUUCUUCACACGCCACGCCUCUUGAGGACGAGAUUCCAUGCAGCACUCCGCUCAGCAGCUCGCAACUUGCACCGCGCAUCUCCCUCCGUCGGAUUUAUCCUCUGUCACCCUCCGCCCACACUUCAGCCAAGAUCCAUGCGCUAAUCAACCACCUCUCGCGCCUCCCGCCCAACACAAAAUCAGUGGUAUUCUCCCAGUUUACUUCAUUCUUGGACCUGAUCGCACCACAGCUGUCUGGGGUUGGUAUUUCUCACCUCCGUCUGGACGGAACCAUGCCCCAAAAGGCGCGAGCCGCUGUCCUGGCCCAGUUCACCAAACCCGAAACCUACGCGGACGACAUCGUCGACACCGACGACGACACCCCAGGUCGAAACGGCCCCUCUGUCUUCAGACCCUCCUCUUCAAACCCCUCACCCACUGUUCUCCUCAUCUCCCUCAGGGCUGGCGGUGUCGGUCUCAAUCUCACGGCGGCCAACAAUGUCUUCAUCAUGGAUCCCUGGUGGAGUUUUGCCAUUGAGGCGCAGGCCAUCGACCGCGUUCACCGCAUGGGCCAGCUACGCGAUGUGUCUGUGACGAGGUUUGUCGUGAAAGACUCCAUCGAGGGCCGUAUGCUGCGCGUGCAGGAGCGCAAGAUGAAUAUCGCGGGCUCGCUGGGGCUGCGAGUUGGCGGGGACGAGUCGGAGGAUGACAAAAGAAAGGAGCGCAUCACGGAGCUGAAGAUGUUGUUCGAGUGA